GUAUGGAAGUUGGCGCUGCGAUGUAUUUCUAAAUUUGGGAGCAUCAUUGUGUGAUGAUCUCCCUAGAACGACAAUGGUCAUUGUAGUGUGUGCAACUCGUUAAAUGGGAGGCCGUCCUGUAAAGUAUUUUUUUGCAUGUGUGACCCGGAGCAAGGUUUGCCGCCUGCGUUUCUGUCCCAAUGGUAAUGCAUCCCCAAAGAUGCCUUCAAUUGAAGGAAAUGUUCUGGACAAUAUUCGUGGUUGCACAAUGUCUCGGUGCGGUGGCUGACGACAAGGUUUUGAAAGUUCCCUACGAAGAGGACCCUGCGCACUACGAUGAACAGCAUAUUCGCGACGUGGUCAACAUCAACGGCAGAAUUUGGGUUAAGAGCCGUAGUUACAACAUAAUGACCAAAAGACGGUGCUACUCAAUAGAGAGACAAUACGACUAUGGCUAUCGAGAGUGGGUGUACACAUUUCGUUAUAGGGAUCCGUACCGACCAGACGUACUCACGGCGUUCAAUGCGACCUUACGUAUACGAAGAACGGGGAACCACUCCGUGGAAAAUGCAGCACUCUACACGUUUAAUAAAGGAUAUCCCGGAUUUACCCACAAGCUUAUGAGUUAUGCGUUUUACUACGGCUGUAUGAUCCUAGUCAUGCCUCUUAAGGAUGGCAGGAGAGCUUGCGAACUGUUGCAAACGGAUGAAACUGUGGGCACAGGUGUCCCAACGGUCUGCAAGAGUCUUUACGACCGUGAAUGCUGGGGUGAUAAGACACGACUUUAUAUGGCACACUGUAAAAGACUGCCAGAUUAUAUCAUACCACGAUAAUUACUUUUUUACGCGAACAUUCUAAUGCGAACCAUUCAGGAAAAAAGAACAGUUGCAGAUAGAAUGUGAUAUUGUAUUUUGUAAGGACGGUAUUCCUCCUGUCUUAUUAAUUUCACGUUGUCCGAGCGGCUCACCAUUUCCAGUAAUAACGGAGCCAAGUCUACGGGCGAUGUAACAAAAAAUGACCGAAAGAAUGAAAAAGCAAACGGAAAAUGUAGUGAUUUCGAAACAUACCACUGUUCACAUAAUACGAACUAGCAAAUAAAAACGUCAUUCAAUGAGUACAUAUGUAAACUUCUACACGUAGCGCGUGGCACAAACUCAACUCUUUUGCUGCAGUUAGCAAAUAAAAACAGGAAAUAAUGAUAA